CCCAAUAAUAUAACCAUGGCGCCACAGUAUAAACUCUCAGACUCGGAGUCUGAAUCUGACGAUCCUCUCGCUGGGGUUCCAUCCGAUGAGAUGCUGGAGAAAGGGCUACGUGAUGAAGUUGCCGGGAUCUACGCCUCGGGUAACAUGGAGAACCUGACCGUGAAACGCGUGCGCCUCGCCGCUGAAAAGAAAUUGGGCAUCACAGAGGGUUUCUUCAAGACAACAAAUGAUUGGAAAACGAGGAGCGAACAGAUCAUUAAGGAUGAAGUGGAGAUUCAAGAUAAUGAAUCAAAAGAGAAAGAAGAACAGCCUGUCGGGAAAUCACCUUCGCCUCCACCCCAGCCUAAGAAGGCCGCUAAGCGAUCAAAAGCUGAAAAUGCUCCCAAGCCGAGGAAGCGCCAGAAGACACAGACUCGCAUUUCGGAGGGUUUAGAGGAUGAAGUAUCAGACAAAAUGGAUGACGAAAGUGAAGAGGAGUUUGCGAAGCCACAGAAGCGAAAGGCACCCGUGAAGAAGGAUACCAAGUCGAAAUCCGCUAAAGAAGAAUUGCCCGAAACUUCAGACGUCCCCGAUGAAGACCCCGACGCUGCCAAGCCGACUGUGGAAGCCACGAAUGAUGAAUCUGAAAGUGAAAUGUCUGUGGUUCUCGACGAGGAGCCUAAGCCUGCGCGCAAGAGGUCAAAGAGCAGCGAAACCGCCGGAAAGAAAGAGAAAAAGAAGGCCGUGCCCAAACCCAAAGGUAAAGACCAGGAAGUUGACCCAGAUCAGGAAGAGAUCAAGAGGUUACAAGGGUGGCUUGUCAAGUGCGGUAUUCGUAAGAUGUGGUGGCGAGAGCUUCAGCCAUAUGAGACCCCAAAGGCGAAGAUCAACCAUCUGAAGGAAAUGCUGGAGGACGCAGGAAUGAAGGGCCGGUACUCUUUGGACAAGGCCAAAGCGAUUCGCGAUGAACGGGAGCUCAAGGCAGAUCUGGAGAUGAUCCAGCAGGGGGCGAAGCAAUGGGGGACUGACGGAGAGCAAGCUAGCGAUGAACCUCCGCCACGUCGCGCUGCUGCGCGAGGCCGACAGGCGCUCGCAUUUCUGGAGGAUGAGGAUGAAGAAAGUGAUUGA